AUGUCGUCAGUAAUAAGAUCGCUUCCUUCAAAAGAACGUCUUCAGCAAGCCAAAAGGUUGAGUUUCGAGAUUUUUGAUCAAUUCUGGAACCCCACGGGUAAGAGAAACCCAGCAAAAGUUUUGAGAAAACCUUUGAGAGGUCCACAAGUAGUCAAGUACUAUGGUGAUAACAAUGCUGUGCCGACAUUCAAGGACUUCAAGAAAUGGUUUCCUGAAUUGAAGUUGGUUGACCCUAGAGAGCAACAUAGACAAUGGUAUGUUGCUGAUAGAAAGAGAAGAAACAAAGGUGCUCCAAAAAAGAAAUCUUCAUAA